GUGUUGAUUUUUCACCAGUACUUCAUCCAUUUACUCUACCAGCUUGCGGAUACCUGGCACACAUUUAAGUAUGGCCAACUUCUUCUUUUCACACUUGUGUUUUUGGUAGGGUUCCCACCAUUGAUAGGCUUUACUGCCUUGUCCACGCUUACUGGAAUGGUGUAUGGCUUUCCAAGAGGCUGGCCAUUGUUGGCCCUGGCAUCGAUUAGCGGUUCCGUGGUGUCGUUUGUAGUCAAUCGUUAUUGGCUCCAUGGCUACGCUGUUCGUUUAGUCAAUCAUAACGAGACAUUCCGGGCUUUUGCGGAGAUUCUCAAGGAGGAGAACUCUCUCUUCUUGCUUGUGUUGUUACGUUUGUGUCCAUUGCCGUACUCGUUGUCUAACGGAGCUCUUGCAGCUAUUCCGGAGCUCUCACUUGUCACAUACACUCUUGCUUCCCUUGUGACUUCUCCCAAGCUCUUCAUUCACCUCUUUGUAGGUCACAAGCUCAAGAACUUGAGUGACGACAAGUCCAGUACCGCUUCAAAGGUAGUUGAUGUUAUUUCCAUCGCUAUCACGGGAUUGGCCCUCGCUGCUGCUUCCUUCAUUAUCUACAAUAGAAUGCAAGAAAAACUCCAGUCUUAUAGAAACAACAGCAACAAUACCUUCAGCAACGAGAACUAUGACAGAAUGAUCUUCGGCAACUUUGAAGAUGACUUGGAGCUUGCAAGCAAUGACGUCGAGUUGAACUCGGCAGACUUCGAUGCUGACAACUUCAUCAUUGAAGACGACGACGAAUUGCUAGACGAUCACCAA